GGUCGGUGCCUCCCCAGUUGUCGAAUGAGAUGGCUGAAACUGGCGAAGCGACCAAGUACGGAACCAUGGCGGCGCCACCAGCCACGAUCCAAGUCAAGUCGUCCACGUUGGAGAAGCCGCGCCGCGCAGGCUCUCGUAUGCUGAGCCUCCGACAUCUUCUCGACUUCCCUCACGCCGACUCAAAACGUGGGUUCAAUCCGUUUGUGUACCAGACGCCGACGAUGUCCAUGUACGAACGGGUCAAGACGGUCGUCAUGUGCGUGCUUCUCGUUCCCGUCAUUCGCAUGCUCUUGGUUAUGGUGCUUUUGGUACCAAUUGUGUUUCUUGCGUUCGUUGGAACGCUGGGCCAUUCGCAUCAAGAUAAGGACGGCCACCUUGUCCCCAUGGCGCGAUGGCGGCGAUGCAUCGUGUACCCCAUUCGAUGGUUCAUCCGCGCGAUCUUGUUUGUGUUUGGCUUUUACUAUAUCAAAGUUACCCACCCUCCGAAAUCCAGCCCUCGCAAAGUCCUGACGCAAUUGAUUGUCGCCAACCACAUCGGUUUUAUCGACGGCCUCUUCUUUGCCGCGCACUGUUUUCCCAGUGUGGCUGUUCGAGGGGACAUGGGCAACGCCCCGAUCAUCGGCCCGGUGCUCCGUGCGAUGGAUCCUGUUCUGAUUGACCGCAAGUCCGCCGCGGGGCGCAAGAAGGCGUUCACAGACAUCCACGACCAUAUGAAGGACACACGUUUCCCUCCUCUGUUAAUCUUUCCAGAAGGCACAACAUCUAGUCAGGAUUACUUGACCAAGUUCAAGAAGGGUGCUUUUGCCGCCGGUCUCCCUGUGCAACCAGUGCUUCUCAAGUACCCGUUCCGCUAUUUUGACAUUAGCUGGCCUCCGGGAGUGUCUGCUGGCUACCUCCUCUUCAGGAUGCUGUGCCAGGUGUACAUGCCGAUGGAAGUGACGUUUCUACCAGCAUACGAACCCUCACCGACCGAGCAGUCGUCCCCCGAUCUUUUUGCCGAGAAUGUGCGACAAUACAUGGCCAAGCCGAUGAAUGCCAAGUGCACCAACCACACGUUCGAAGACGUGCGGCUGUUGUGCCAAGUAGGGUCGUACGGGCUCCAGAACGUGGCGCCGGUCACGGACGUUGGCGAGAUAUUUCAGCUUACACACCUCACGGAUGAUGCAAUUGCGGCGCUUGUGGGCCACUUCGCCGCAGCCGACACAAACGGCGACGGCAAGAUCAGCUUGGAGGAACUCACGGCGCGCUUUGAUGAAGAGCCCGAGUUUGUUGCGAGGUUGUUCCAAUUGCUGGACCAGGACGAAGACGGCCAAGUGGACUUUCGAGAGCUCUGCAUGGGCUUGUCGACUCUGAACCAAGCGCAGCAGGACUCGGUGACCCCCACGCACUUGUACCGCCUUGCGUUUCACCUGUACGACUCGGACGGCAGCGGCCACUUAUCCAAAACUGAGCUGAAAGCCAUGCUCCGGAUGACGCGAGCCAUGUCUGGGCUGCAACAAGACUCGGCGGCAGUGGACGCAUUGGUCCAGUCGUUUGAUGUGGAUGGAGACGGGCAAAUUUCGUUGCAAGAGUUUGAAAAGAUGGCCCAGGUCCAUCCCGAUGUCCUCAAGCAAGUUGUGGACAGCCUCAAAGUAUUACGGACCUUGGAUAGCGCCGAAAACGAUGACGCUCUCGCGGCCAUUCCAUGAUGGAUGGAACAUUGUGCAAGUUGAUAACGACCAGGGUGAUGAAGAAUGGGCGAUUCUGGCGCAGCGUGACCGGAAUCACCCGACAUGGGGCCGACGUCACUUGAAUAUACUCGGGACUGUGCAGUUUCUCUGCAAAUGUAGAUCUCGCGCGACGCCCCGACGACAAAACGAAAGUCUGCAAGGAGCCACGAGUUCAUGGCAUCCAAGCAACAGUACAGCAUGUCUGCAUAUCGAGAACUCCUCAUCGCGCAUGAACAGGACGACGACGGAGAUCAACGGCUAAAAUGACUGUUGGUCUUCAACCGUGGUUGUGAUGCAGCCGACAAACCAUGCGCUCCCAUGUGCAUUCAUAGAUGUGACUAUACUGCGAUGGCUUCACUGGAGCCAACGAGGCAGAACCCGUUGUCGUCGAUCUCGUCCAGUUCAGACGACGGGGGAGCGCUUUCGUCGAGUUGGUUGUCGACGACGAGUGCGGGCGGAAGCAACCCACGGCAGUGCUUCAGAAACGCUGACAUCGAUACAGAAAUGCCUGGGUGGCGAUGGCGCUUGGAUGGUCGGCGAAUUCGCAUGAUUUUGUACUUGAGAGUCGCGUCGAAAUGACCUAGACAAGACUCGUCAAAACUUAUCUGCAUCGCGAGAGACAUCCGUACUUUUGGAGUUGAGGCCGUAGAACUGGCACGUGGCAUGAAUAAGGAGGCGAUGGAAGGGAGACUCGAGCAGCGGGACGACCAAUACUGUCUCGGAGUGCUUGGCUGGCUUGGACCGGGUACCGGCCGCCUUCGCAUCGCGCACCAUUGGUGUCACAAUAUCAAUCGUCAUGGGUGCCGCGAGCCAGCUGGUAAGCCUUGGCGAAAGCACGUUGGCUGACUGGACCUCAUUCCACUAUCGAGUGUCGAUCACACGCGUCGAAGAAUUCCCUCAUGUGGACGGAACCUGAACGAAAUGUACGACGAAGC